GAGCCCCUCACCCUCAAAACCUCCGGGCACAAGAAGAGACCGAUGGCCGCCUUCGUCGUCUUCUCUUCUCUGCUAAUGUUUUCCUUGGCGCACGCCCAGCUGCAUUCUAUAGUGCCACAGCCUCGCGCCCCACACGGUCUGGUCUUCGAGAACCCCAUGUCGUUCUCCCCCUCGGCCUUCGAGUUCUUCCACCCGAAGAGCUCGCCACCGGCGGAAGCGCCAGUGCCGCUGGUGUCGUCGUUCCCGGGCGCGACGUCUUCGAAGGCGAGGGCGGAGCAGGUGGCGGCGAGCGUGCGGUCGGCCCCGCCGAGCCACGGGGGCGUUGGGGCCGGCGGGGUGGCGGCGGUUGUGGUCGGGCUUGUGUUCGUGGUGCUCGUGGCCAUGGGAGCCUCCUAUGUCGUGGCCAAGCGUCGGGCCAACAUCAGCCGGGCUCAUGCCUUGGUCCAGCCGGACGCAGUCUAAUUAAAAAGAGCAUCGCACGAUAUUUGAAGUUUGUCAUGGAGGGCUAGCAAUCUUGCAAGCAGCGUCGGCCUCCUUCCUAGAUUAGGUCUUGUAUGUAUCCUCCUGCCGGAGCUUGCGGAUUUAACAUCUGCAGUUUGUUCUGCGAAAGCUAAGCCACUCGGUUAAGCGGCGUGGAUUGGGUGUAAUGGUAGUGAUGGUGCUCGACAAGUUCAGAGAUUUCGUCUAAACUCGCGUGUUUCUUCUC